CGUCGAUGGAAUUUAAUUUUCUACAGAGUCAAUGAGUCCAAAGACGAGGAUUGCUUCUCGCUGGUACGUGACGUCUUAACCCGAAAUUUAAACCUACCACAAGACGAAGUCUCGAAUAUGAAUCUUUGCAGGGCACAUCGUCUUGGCAAGCCAAACAGAAACAGAACCCGACCUCUUAUUGCUCGCUUCACGUGUCGUGCUGACAGAGAUCGUGUCUGGAAAGCUCGCUACAGGCUGAAAAACUCGCGUAUUUCAAUGGGUGAAGACCUACCGAAGCACAUACAAGAAAUCAGGAAAAACGUCCUUAUCCCUGCGAUGAAGAAUAUAAAACAAGAAACACCUAGCCACAAAGCUUCCGUCAUAGGAGAUAAGUUAGUUGUUAAUGGAAAAGUUUAUUUUCAUUAUGACGUGCCGAAGAAAUGGCUCCCUGUCACCUCUUCAGUGAAUACCCAUGAGGAUUAUGGCAAUGGUACAGCCGAACAUCAAGAACCACUGCAAAGUCAAGAAGAAUCCUCUGAUGUUAUGGUCCAAUCCCAAGAACUGCUUAGUCAAAGCGAAUAGGUAACGCUUUUUCCGUAAGUCCAAUCCUUUCACAAAACUUUAAAAUUAACUCUUAGUUGAAAACCAGUUUUAUUUUUACUCCGUUGCUUCUUGCCUUUAAAAUCAUGCUCUAGUUUUGUGUUUCCAAAUACGAGGACUUAAUUUCGACCCUGAGAUGGAACUCGCUAUUUUCAUGCUUCCCUUGCGGUAACCAAAUUUUCACUUGCACCUUUCAAAAUGGCAAAUCCGUUUAUUUUACAUUCAGACUCAAAGUCGUUGUUAUUGCGGAUGCUUUCUACGUCCCUUGUUAUGCUACCCUCUCAAGUACGCCAAACCACUUUCGUGUGGUGCGUUCGAAGGCCUUUUUCAGCGCCUUUUUUAUUUUUCUGUUUAUGUUUCUUAAGUAAUGUUUGUCUAAGUCCUUUGAUAAUUUAUUUUAUUUCUACUAGUAGUUUGAACACUUUAAUCACCAAAACACUGCAUUCACAUUCACACUUCGGCCAAAAGACAGCUGUCAAAGUCCGCCGUUGCCAGCGCAAUUUUCUGACUUUUUCCCUUUGUCCCGUAGACGCCUUUAAAACCUGUUAAAUUCCAGUCCUUAAACGUAAGAGGACUGAAUAAGUCAAUCAAACGUCGAUCAAUCUUCCGUUGGUUACACUGUAAUUUUCAGGGAGUUAUAAUAACUCCUCUAGUGGGGCUAAUUUAACUCCUUACCAGUGGAGUUAUUUUUCGUGGAGUUACUUUAACUCCAAAAAGGAGUUUAAAGAACUCUUUUUCAGGAGUAAAAGUGACCCCAGAUAUUGAGGAGUUAAAAUAACCCCAAAAAAGGAGUCAUCCUGUACCAUUAAAACUUUUACUCCAUUUUCAGAGUUAAAUUAACUCUAAAAAGAGUAAAAACAACCCAUGUAAGGAGUACAAGUAACCCCAUUUCGGAGUAAUUUUAACUCCAGACUGGGAGUAAAAAGAACUCUUUUUCAGGAGUAAAAAUGACCCCAAAUUCGGAGUUAAAUUAGGAGUUAAAAUAACCCCAAAAAAGGGGUUAUCCUGUACCUAAAAUUUUUACUCCAUUUUUGGAGUUAUAAUAACUCCCUAAAAAUUACGGUGUACAUAAUCAAAAAUUCCUCUUCACAUUCUUACAAGAAACCUACAGCUCUAAAGAAUGUGCCCAAAUUUGGGAAGCUGAAUGGGGUGGGAAGGUUUAUUUUAGUCACGGCAGUUCACAUAGCAAAGGUGUCAUGACUCUCGUUACUCCGAACUUAGAUGUCAAGGUCGAAAAAUGCAUCCAAGACACGAAUGGCAGGUUUCUUAUACUUGACCUAUUAAUUGAUGAGUUGCAUCUAAUUCUAGUGAAUAUUUAUGCCCCGAAUGACGCGAAUCAGCAAGUCACGUUUUUUAAAGAGCUCGAAAAUCAGCUUGAAGAUUUUGCCCAAGAGAAUAUUAUUAUCGCAGGUGACUUCAACUGCGCUCUUUCUGAAAAUGACAAAAAAGGUGGAAAUUCAGUUUGGAAAAAAUCCAUAGUAAUUAAAGAAGUUCAGCAUCUUGCGAACCUCUAUAAUUUAACAGACAUUUGGCGCGAUCGCAAUCCGAACGACAACCGCUUCACUUGGAGAAACAAAUCGCUAAAAAUCCAAUGCCGACUAGACUUCUUUUUAAUUUCAAAAGAACUCAGCAGUGACACACAUGCUUGCAAUAUAAUUAACGUCCCUGAAACUGAUCACUCGGCUGUCACUUUACAUCUUAAGACAGAACAUUAA